GCUAAAUGUAAAUAUAGGUCGCAGCGUCAAAACACUGUGUCGCCUCUGCCAGUUGCACGAAGCUCCGACUUCUCAAGAAUCAGGUCUGUAAGCCUACAAGUACAAUGAGUGACGAAGGGUCUGAUCUCUGCGAGUGUUUAAUAUGGAGUUAUGAGGUGGCCAUGCAACGCUUUUUGUCAAUUUUGCGCGAGACACAGGCAUACUGCUCGGAUACGGAAUGUUUCAGUUUACCAUCACUUCCCGGUCCAAAUGAUACGUCAUCAUCAUCGAACCUAGUCAUGAUGAUGAUGAUGGUAGGAAUGGCUGGUUUGCUUUACGUGCUGAGACCAGCUUCCCUUCGGCAGAUAGAAGACAGCAAACCUCGAAGCCAUGGACCUGGUUCAAAUAACGGUCCACCAACUCCACCAACAGCCAACUAAGCCAUGUGAACUGACUCAGCCCGGGACUUCUCUGAGCUCUCGCAGAUAAACCUACGGAGCUUAAACUCUAAAAGGAGUAAAUGUAGCAAUGACACUGUGAAUCUCGUGUUCCGCGUUACGAUUAGAAUGUCUGUGGAUAACAUUUGGUGAUGUAAAAGACAGGGACCAGAAUUGUAAAGUUAUCAACUGGUUUACAGUCUCAGCGAUAUCAGUCGAAAACGGUACUGAGAAGUUAGAUCCGUGAAGUUAUUGGCAGGUGCGACACUGGUGAUUAAACCAAAAGCAAUAUUAGUUAUUAUUGCGAAACUUGGCAGAAACUAGGUCAAGUAUUUAGAAAGCUUGAUCAUUAUUUUCCAAACUGAUUCGUUUAAGGAAUCACUCUGGAAAUAAUACGACAAUCAAGAUAAUUUAGAAAAAUUGCCACAUGUUGCCUGAUGAUAGGAACUAUCCUGAUAGUAAGUUUUUAUCAAAAGAUAAGAAGCAAACACCAAUUAAACAGCCUCGACUAAUUAAUAACUGGGAUAUUCUCUGUGAUAGUGUCAGAAGAAAGUUAUGCAAUAUUGUUGUUGAAGAAGUUCACCAAAUUCCAUGGAAUUCUUUUUUUUUUGCUAUCAAUUAAGAUAUGUACUGUUAUUUUAUUUAAAGAACCAUUGGCAUAGCUGGUUACUAUGAGGAUGAUUUACAGUAUACGCUUUAAUUGGAAUCGAAGGAAUUCAUCGUAACACUGAAGACAGCCAAGAAAUGCUUAGUAUAACAUAAAAUGCAGUUAAUAUUAAUACUUAAUUCUGCAAUUCGAAAGUGCGCCGCGUGAAAGGGCUCCAUCGACUAUAGAACGUCGUUUCGCCUUAUUACUAAAAGGCUAAGUAAGCGAGAUGUUAUGCACUAUGUGGCUACAUUGCCUGCCCCUGGCAAAAUACAGACAGGCACAAUCUACAAAAUCCAGAAUUUCGCACUUCGCUAUCUAGAAGAACAGACACGAAAAGCAAAGAAGUGUUCUUACUAAUAGUUCAAAUUUCCUAUAUUUUUUAUCUAAAACUAGGGAUCGCGUUAAGCCCUAUUUCUAAAAUUCUUAUCGGCUCCGUAACCUCGAAAACAAUCUGUGAAUAAAAUCGUAUUAAAAGAAUAAAUUAUAUUUCUACAAUAUUCGAAUCUCAAGCCCUUGAAUUGAUCAUAAAACGUAUUUAAUCAUAUUUCUGAUAUUCAUUUAGUUAAUCCUAAUAAAGUAUUAUGUUGCAAGUUGUUGAUAGUAUUGCACUGUAAAGACUACAUGUUUUUUUCGAUAUUAAUUUGUUUUUAGACGGCAUUGUUUGACACUGAGAGUUUUGAAACUUCACAGUUUACUCUCCUUGUAUAUUAAUAUUUUGCUGGUUUAAUACGUUUUAGAAAAUAACGAGUAAUUUUAUCGCAAACGUCCGCAUAAUACAACGGUACGAGUAAAAUAAGGUAUAAAGGGAUAUCAUAUAAGUUAGGUGGUUAAUAAUGGCUAGAUAAUAGGCAAUGCACUUAUUAGAUCUGUUCGCUUGUACACUUUUUCUAUGUGACCUUUCUUGAUACUAUCAGACAAGUAUACAUCAAUAUUUGUUAAGAUUAUAAACGAACAGGCCUAGUAACGCAGAAAUGUUAGGAGGAGUAUCAGAGAUGUCUGAAGUUCAAUACGACAAGAAGGUAACGCGAAAAUGAUUUUUUAGAGAAAAGUAGUGUCACUUCUAAUUCGUUUAUACAAGCGUGAAUUAGUUAAAAAAGAAAUAUAUAUAUAUAUUUAUAUUCGUUGGGAGAGAUAUUUAUGUAACAAAAAAACUAAGAAGUAGUCUUCGCACUACUGUAAAACAUGCUUUGAUAGCAUAAGCCGAGGGAAGAUACUUUUGGUUAUUAAGCGUUACCUUGUAUUUCUGAAAAUUCAAAAUCAUAAAUGCAAACAAUUUCUGAAGUAGAUUUAAUUAACAAUUUCAGUGUAAUCUAUUACUAUAGAAUGGUUAUUUUAAGAAAAGUUUGGGGAUAUAUUCAUGCAGUAAAAGCCACGAUGAUGUAUUAAUGUAAAACUUAGUGCAUUUACAAGUGAAUAAAAUGUUUACUGCGCGAGUGUAAUAGACAUUGGAUUGUUUUAUCAAUUAUCAGUGUAUAAAUAAUUUACGACGUUCAAGAUUUUGAAAGUAUGUACAUUACCGUAAAGUUUCUGACCUUCAUCGGUUAGUUUUUACAUGAAACGAGUUAUGAAAAAUUAUGAAUCAUACACGUUAACGUCACUAAUCUGGAAAAGAUUAGGCAUAUCACAAGAAUUUAAAAAGAUACAUUUUUCAUUCACCAUAAUGGAUUAAACGGGUCUUUUCUGUUAAACAAAUUUGUGUAGAGAUAUCAGAAUAUAUUAUUGAUAAUACUGAUAUAUCGCCGGUCAAAAUAAAAUAAAAUUUAUAACUGUUAUCAAUCACGCAUGCCUGCACGACAAGUACAGGCUCUGGAGACUAUCAUUUGUUACGUAUGUACUAUGUCCAUUACACAAUCUGUAUUAUUAAACGAAAAUAACGUGACUAUUGAAUAAAAAACCUGAUGGCAAGCUU